UUCAAGAGAAGCGGCUCCAAGAAAAGAAAAGUCGCAAUGAACGAAGGGAGUCCUCAAAGAGUAAUGGCGGCAUCUAAUAACCCGAGGGACUCGCAGCGGAGACGCUCCGCGCGGCUCAGCUCUCCUCAGGCUGACAACAAAAUGGCGCUGCCCUCUGUUGGCAUUAAACGUUCCAUCACUGUGAGGAAAAUAGCGCCCAGAAAAACCGUCGCACCGUCUGAGCACAACAAGGAGAACACGCCAGGAUGCAUCCAGCAGAAGAAGCCGAAGGUCUCCACCCCAGGUCCUGUCCCGGGCCAAGGCGGUCCCUCCUCGGAAAAGAAGAAGAAGAAGGCCGCUAUGCCCUCACCGAUCCUCCCUUCGUCGCCGCCGCCUUCAUCUCGUCCCCAGCAGCCGCUAGCAGAUCCAGAGGACGCGGUGAGGUCGCAAAAAGUGCGCCGGUCCUACAGCAGGCUCAGCGAUAAGUCCAUCAACAGCCCCGACCCACGAGAGACCCUGUUCGGCUUUGAGAAGCUGAGCACCCCCGAGGUGGUCCGGAGAGUCGGACAGUCCAAGACAGCUGUGGAGGUUUCUGGAUCUUUGUCUGCUGUGAAUUCAUUCACGUCUUUGCUUGAGGCGGAUGACUGUGGUUCAGCGUUCCCCGAGCCGGAUACAAACAUCCCUGGAGUGGCUGUGGUGAAGGAGAAAAGGAGGAGGAAGAAGGUCCAGCAGAUUGACGCCACAGAGCUGGACGAAAUGGCUGCCAAGAUGAACGCUGAGUUUGAGGAGGCAGAAGGCUUUGAGCUGGUCGUGGAGUAAUUACCGGGACUGACAGACUCUGAAAGGCUGAAUGGAUCUGUCAUAGCAUGAAAACACUGACUCUGUGUGACUGUGUGUGCUUCAGAUUCCAAACAUGUGCCUCAUGUCCAGCUCUAUACUUUGUACAUUUUGAUUCUUUGGAGUUUAUUAUGUUUGGUUAUUCAUUGAAAUGCUCUUAAUGUAGUUAUUAUGUGUUGUUAUAUUUACAUGUGAGUGUGUCGCCAGUAGUUGGAUAAAAACCUAAACCAUG